AUGACUACGGCACCAUCUAACGCUGCAACGAAUACGGGGCGUCACCAUCCCCAUACAUUGUCGGCCAUGGACUUUCAAAGCGCAAGUUCCGGAGUUGCUGCCAAGGCUAUGCGUUCAGAGCUAAGCAGGCUCGCUAACGCGAUUCAAGACGCGAAGGCUCGUAGAAUUCAUCAAAAUGAGAUGGAUCAUUUUUAUUCGUUGUUCACCCGAUAUUUGAGCGAAAAGUCUAAAGGCACAAAAUUAGAUUGGGAUAAAGUUAAAGAACCGAGUCCUGAACAAAUUAUUCCAUAUAAAGAUCUACCUGUCUGUGAAAACCCUGAACUCCUAAACAAAUUGGCUGUUCUCAAACUUAAUGGUGGUCUGGGAACAACCAUGGGUUGUGUAGGUCCAAAAAGCGUCAUUGAAGUUAGAGAUGGUAUGACAUUUCUAGAUUUAAGUGUCAGGCAAAUUGAGUACCUUAAUAGAAAAUACGACGUUAAUGUUCCAUUUAUACUCAUGAAUUCAUUUAAUACUGAUGAUGAUACGAUGCGCAUCGUCCAAAAAUAUGGAAGUCAUAAGAUUGAUAUUCUCACAUUUAAUCAGUCGCGUUACCCUAGAAUUAACAAGGAGUCUCUAUUGCCAAUGCCUCGAACUCCAUCUGGUGAUAUCAGUCAAUGGUAUCCCCCUGGUCAUGGUGAUUUGUUUGAAUCCAUGCAUAACUCUGGGAUAUUAGAUCGGUUAAUUGCUGAAGGAAAAGAAUAUGUUUUUAUUUCCAAUGUUGACAAUCUUGGUGCUGUAGUUGACCUAAAUAUUCUUAAGUAUAUGGUAGAUAAUGAUUCGGAAUUCCUAAUGGAAGUUACUGAUAAAACAAAAGCUGAUAUUAAAGGUGGUACGCUUAUUGACUACGAGGGUACCGUUCGAUUACUGGAAGUAGCUCAAGUUCCUGCGGAACAUAUUGAUGACUUUAAGUCAAUCAAAAAGUUUAGAAUCUUUAAUACAAAUAAUUUGUGGAUCGAUUUGAAAGCUAUAAAACGCGUUACUGAAGAAAAAGAGCUUAACCUAGAAGUCAUUGUUAACAAUAAAACGCUUGAAUCUGGUGUAAAAGUAAUUCAACUAGAAACUGCUGUUGGUUCUGCUAUUAAGCAUUUCAAAAAUGCUCAUGGUAUAAACGUACCACGAAGUCGCUUCUUACCUGUUAAAUCUACCUCCGACCUAUUUCUUGUAACCUCUGAUUUAUACUCGCUCAAUCACGGUGAAUUAAAAAUGAACCCUAAACGACUCUUUCAAACGGUACCGUUGGUGAAGUUAGGUGAUGAGUUUAAGAAGGUUUCAAACUUUUUGGCUCGAUUUCAAUCACCACCUCAUAUUCUCGAAUUAGAUCAUCUCACAGUCACUGGUGAUGUAACAUUUGGUGCUGGUGUACAACUUAAAGGAACAGUUAUAAUCGUCGCGAACCACGGCCAUAGAAUCGAUAUUCCACCAAACUCAGUGCUUGAGAAUAAGGUUGUAAGUGGAAACUUGAG